AGCAGCAGCAGUAACCCUAUCACAGACUCCCUUCAUCGUGGUGCAGAGACUGGGCAGCAGGCGUCCUCCUCCACCGACCAGCUCUCUCCUCUGUCUGAUAGCAUGUUGUGAUGUAGGCAACAUUAACUGUCUUCGCACUCAAAAUGCUGAAGCAAUAGCAUGUCAGUCAUAGUAAGUGCCAGUUUAAGUUAAUGCAUGAGGCUGUUAGCAUGCACGACUUAUAGCUGUGUUGUAUUGUAUCCUGUGCAGGCUGUAGAUCCUUUAUGGAAGAAGACAAGAGACAGUUAUGUGAGUUAGCUUGGACUAUGCACUGUUUUACAUAAAUAGUUACCACCGACAACAGAUUUUCGCAACUGUGAUGAUUAUGAGAUACAUUAUAAAUUGGUCGACCUACAAAUAUGAGCUGUACCUAGCAUUUAAGAUUGACUGUAUUAGUAAACUAUGUCCUAGAGAGGCUAAGCUAAGCAGCCGUUAGCUCAUGCUAGCAAAAAGGAGGAACAGGGGGGAGUGACAGUUGAGGCCUUUAAACUCAGUUUGUACAACCAGGAUAUCUGUUGAAUCGAUUUAUAAACUAAUACUGCUUUAGUUUUUCGGCAACUUCUUCAGAUAGUCAUUAACAUCCAACAUCUACAUCUCCAUUUCACAGCCAACCGCUAGCGAUAGACGAUAUGUGGGGGAGACAUUGCAAUGAAUGUUACUAAGUAUAACUCAUCUUUUACAGUCCAUGCUUGUUUUCAUUAUGAAAUGUCUGAAUCUAUUACCUGACCUAAAAGGACACUGUUAAAAUACUAGAUGAUGCGACCCAGCAGAAAGUACGGAUUUGUACGGAAGCCCUGAGCAGACAUGCUUCCAUACCUUUGCUAAUGAGCUAAAUUCAGUUUUUCGAUUCCAAAUCAACACCAGAUUAUGACAGCUGUAUGUAAGAGUUGCCAAAACAACACAGACAUAGAAAUAGUCCUAAUUUACAUCUUGAGCCAGUACUUGAAAUGUUAUUAUCUAAAAUCAAGUUAUUGUGCCUGACUGAAACCAGACUUGGAAAAUACAUGUUCACACUGAAGUCCAACCAAAAUCUCAUUAAGUCAAAUUUCUCCCAGCUGGAGAAUCACACCUAGAUGGCACACUUGGGGAUCAAUUUCCUCUUGCAAAAUUACUCAUUAGCAAGGAAAAUGAAAUAAGUCACUUGUAUGGAUGCAUGGCUAUUCAGAACCUCUGUAUUUUGUUGUCAGUGAAUGUAAAGACCCAAUAUAAAUCACUUUUCUUGGUGGAGGGUAUUGUGAUGGCUAGAAUACACACACCAUUGUAUAUUAUAAAAUUGUAAUCCAGAAGAAACUUCAAACCAGAAUUUAAGAAAAGAUGAGGCCCUUUUUACUGGAAAAGGAACUACCAUGAAAGUGAAUGAACUUACAAGAGAUAUGAGAUAUAAGAGAUAUGAGAAACUAGGCCUGCAUCUGGUCACCAUUAAUUAUAGAAGGGAGGUUUUUCUGACCGCCAUAAAUCACAGACAGACACCAAUUAAAAACUGGACUUUCCAAGAUAAAGGAGGUAGUGAAAUGCAAUUAAAAACUUGAUGACUAGAGGGAAAAUAAGCAAAAGAAGGGCCCACACCUCAUACAAAAAAUAUAUAUGAUGUGAUAUUGUAUGACCAUAUUGUCAGUCGCUCUGCAUAGCUGAUCACUGCUUUAUGAUUCUGUGAAGUAGAGUAAAGCUUUUUGGAUUCAACUUUACUGGACUCUGGUGCCUUUUCAGUAGGACAUUUGGAAAACUUCAAAAUUUCAACAAAGAUCUGAUAGGCACAGCUAGAAUUGAGAAAUUAUGGUGUUGCAGUCUCUCCAGGGGUGAAAUGUUAAAGUUAGUGGACUAAAUGGAUCUUAGAUGUUAUUUGUUUGUAACUUCAAUUUUUGCAUUUUUUUUUUUUUUUUGCAGGUUGAGAAUGGCAGAUAGAAAGGGAAAACCUGCCACACCGGUCAAAUUACUCACACAGAAAAAACUGAAAGAGCUCAAGAAAAAGGUAAGAACAUAAAGAAAAUGUUCAUAUUCUGCCUGUGUGAACAUGAUGAGGCCAUAAAAACAUGCUCCAUAUGUUUCUGUUUCACUUGAUAGGAGCAAGAGAAAGCUGCAGAGGUUUUUGAAGAAUUUGUGGCAUCAUUUGAGGCUAAUAAGAAACCUUUUGUCCAUGGGGGUGUUGUUAAUGCCACUAAAGGUAAGCAAUCAUUUAGAGGGCUAUCAUUUUGGUGUUGUUGUUGGAUGCAGCUGUAGUGCAGUUUUCUCUUUCCUUCCUGAGAAAAAUGAAUCAAGAGUUGUCUCUCAAUGUACCGGUCAAAACAAUUCAGUUUUGAGAUAAUAAAAUGAUGAUGAAAUAAAUAUGCCAAAUUCGUACACCUUUCGCUUCUAUUUGUAGUCAUGCAUAAAGAAAUCUAAUCGAUUCACUCCUUACCUUCAAACGCACUAGCAACACUCACUCGUUUAUGUUUGUUUCUUGAAGGAAUCUAUCUACAGAGUUCUGAUUUCCCGCUGACUGAGCAAAGAAUUGCUUCCUUUUUAAUGGAGCCAAAGUUGCCAUCUCCUCUGAAUAUAUUGAUAAGUUGUCAAGUUUCAUUGAUUCCUACAUUUUUUUUGCAGAGGAGGAAGCAGCAGUGCUCAACAAAAUUAAGCUGUAUCGACAUCCCACUAAGUUGAGUCCUGUGUCCCAGCGUGCCUCAUCAGUAUCAGCUGCUGACAGCAAAAAAACUGUAAGUUGUUCAGGUUUAUACUCUAAUUUAGUGUGAACAGAAACUGCUUUUGCCCCCUUUCUUCAUUUUUUCACUCUGAACAGUGUUGUGAGAUCAGGUUGUUAUAAGAAUAACCACAGCAGUUGCUUGCUUGGUUGACAGGUCCAGAAAAGAUCAACAGAAGGGAAACAGAAGAGUAAUCUUGAACUCUUCAAAGAAGAACUUAAGAUGUACGUCGUCUGAGUAAAUACGCCGCUAUCAUGUUUAAGCUCAGUCAUUUUCUUUUGAUGGUAUCUUAGCCUAAUGAAGUGUUUAUGAUAUGCAGAAUACAAGAAGAACGUGAAGAAAGGUAUAAAAGGAAGAAAAAUGUUACCGGAGGUGAAGGAAGAGAAGGAGGAGAAGGAGAGGGAGGUCUGUGUUUACCAUCAGCUGGACGAUCAAGUGAGAGCCCCCUUCCAGAGAAAUCUUUUAUUUGGAAAUGGCUAAUGCCAACACUCAUCUAACUGCUGUUAUUUCCACUGGCAGUAUAUGAUGAGAUUUCAGCACCAGCCACCACUAACCUCUUUAUAAGUCGGAUCAGUCAGAAGGUGAGGAGGCUCACUGCUUGUGAUUAGCUCAGCGCAGCAUCGAUGUCAGUUCUCUUUGUUCACUCUCUUUGUUUGUUUAGAUGAAUGAAGAAAUGCUAUGUCAAGAGUUCUGUAAGUAUGGCCCUCUGGCCAGUGUGAGGAUAAUGUGGCCCAGAAACUCAGAGGAGCGCCUGAGGAUCUCCAACCGAGCCUUUGUUGCUUUCAUGAUGCGGAAAGAUGCAGAGCGAGCUUUGGCUGGACUUGAAGGUGACGCUGACUUUUAAAAUUAGCAGAUACAUUUGACCUCAAGGUGACAAUGAUUGUGGGACAGUUUAUCUAUGUAUCUCAGGUAAAAAAAUCAUGGGGUUCGUGAUGAAGAUGGGAUGGGCGAAACCAGUGCGUAUUCCCCGUCAGCCUGUUUACACAUCCACAGGGGUGAGAGCAACAAUGCCACCCCAUUCUGGUCUGCCUUUCAAUGCUCAGCCAAUAGAUCGAUUCCGGAAUGACUUCACCAAACCAUUGGACACGGACAAAGAGGACCUUGACAAGGUAUACCUGUCCCUGUUAUAUGAGAUAUUUACAUGAUUAAUAUUUGUUGCUCAUUUUAAGUUCCAUGAAGCACUACAGGCUUUGUUAUUGACAUGAGUUACCUCCGUUCUCGUAGUCAAGUGAGUGUCCUGAAACCAAAUUUCAAUUAAAGGUGAACAAAGACAAUCGGGAGAAGGGGAUAGUAGUGCACAGAUUCAAUCUACAAUGAUAUUUUAACUUUGACCACAGCAUAUCUGUUUUCAAACUUGUAUAUCUUUUGGAUAAAUCUCUGCAUCUUAUUAGAGUGAUAAGUUACUGAAGUCCUUCCCUACCAUUUUGUUGACUGACUGGUUUUCUGUGCUGUAUGUAUGCUGCAGUGUUUCAUCUGUCAGUGCUCACUUUUUAAUUCAGUCUUCACUAUUUUGGUUUGACUUCACAAACAGACUCUGUCCAAAGCCGUAGUCCAGGUGGUAAUCCCUAAAGACAGGUACACACACUCUUCUUACUUCACAGCUGGUAUCUAGUCUUGUAGGACAGAGGCAGUGGUGUGCUGCUUUUGUGUCCACUUAUUUAAUUACCUGAAUGAUCAUGCUAGAGGCUAACUAGCUACAAAAGGGGUUUUACAAUCUCAUGUUGCAACUGACUCUCUAAUGUGCGGGAAGAGUUUUGACAGAAAUAUCCUGCUCUAAUAUAUUCUUCUUUCUCGACAGGAGUCUUUUGUCUCUUAUUCACAGGAUGGUAGAGUUUGUGGUGCGUGAAGGCUUUGUGUUCGAAGCCCUUAUAAUGAACAAAGAAAUAAAAAAUCCAGAAUACAGGUAAGAACUGCUGUGCCUGUGCAGCGGUGUGUUGCUCAUGUAAGCGCCCUUGAAGGGUUAAUGUUUAAUUUACUCUUUCUUUACCGUCACAGGUUCCUCUUUGACAAUAAAAGUCAAGACCAUGUAUACUAUCGCUGGAAACUUUUCUCCAUCCUCCAGGCAGGUUUCUGAAGUAAAACCUCAUCUUUCAAAAAUUCUCCUGUUAUGUCUCAUUUUGAAGCAAUCGUUGGAUUUACGACUUCUGUUCUUAUAAUAGGGAGAUUCCCAGACGGAGUGGAGGACUACAGAUUUUUGUAUGUUCCGCGGCGGGUCCAUGUGGAGACCCCCUAUCCCGGUAAGCCACCCUCAGAGAGGUGAAGAUUCAAUGGAGGAAGAAGAUGCUUCCUCUGAAGAGGAGGUGAAGAGAGGGCAGCUCAGAGCUAAGUAUGUAUGUUCAGCAGGUAUAAAGGUUUUAACUUCAUCCAAAUUAAAUUGAAGUCUUUGUUAUUCUUCUGUUAAUGCCACUCAGAGACAAACAGAGGCUGGAGACCUUACUUACAGCGCUCACCCCGAGCAGAAAAGACAUCAUCCGUGGUAUGUUGUUCUGUCUGGAGCGAGCAGAUGCAGCUGAAGAAGUAGUGAGACUCAUCACUGAGUCUUUUUCAUGGAGUCAGGCACCUCUUUCCAACAAGGCUAGUAUGCUUUCACAUGAGCAAAGUUGUUAAAGUCGACAUGAUUACGCCUGUAACAUUUGUUGUCUUCUGUCCUCACACCUACAGAUUGCCAGGUUGUAUCUUGUGUCAGACAUCUUGCACAACUCCUUUGCAAAAGUUGCUGGUGCAUCAUAUUAUCGUAGACAGUAAGAGACUUUGUAGUAGUUCACCAUCAAUUUUUGUAUCAUAAUUGAUCUUUUCUUUAUCUGAGAGCUCUAAGUUAUUUUUGUCUCUAACUUUCCAGUUUUGAAAAAAAGCUAACACAGAUAAUCCGGGAUCUUAAUGCAGCACACAGAAACAUACAAUCCAGGCUGCAGGCUGAGCAGUUUCAGGUAAAUGUUCUUAUCCACUGUCGUUGUGUGAGGCAAAUAAGCAGCAAGUUAAAACUGUUUUUCUUUGUCUACAGCAAAAAGUCUUGAAUUGUGUCAGAGCAUGGCAGGAGUGGGAUAUUUAUCCUGACUAUCAUCUACUCCACCUUCAAAACAUCUGUCUGGGCUUAGUCUAUGUAGGGGAGGAGUCCACAGAGACCCCAGAGGUGAGCUGAAUACAUAUCUGCUCAUUACAGACUUUAUCGCUUUUCUCUUAAUUGCUUUACAGCUAAUUAAACAGCUGUUCAUGCUGGAAAAUAUCUGAUGAUCAAGCAUGUUUGGACUGAAACAACUUUAACAGAUGCUCCAUUGUGUCCUCACCUUUUAGGAUGCGUCUUCUGGUCUCGAUGGUGUUCCAAUGGUCAGCAAAACGACAUGUUCAAACUCAGCCCUCAUGGAUGACCUGGACGGCUGCCCCAUAGGCUGGAAUCUUGAUGGAGAUCCUGUUGAUGACAUAGAUGGUGUUCCCCUCGAAGUCGCUGUUGAUGACAUUGACGGGAUGCCCUGUAAGUUCAUCAUGUGAAAGGACAUAUGUAAAGCUCUUAAAUGGAGAGUUUUUGUUUGGUUAUAAAAUUACUACUGAGACCCUGAAAAAUUACUCCAAGUUACCUCGGAAGUCAGAUGUCUGAGCUGGGAAUGACGUCACACCCGAGUUACCAGCGUUUCAGUUACCAAGUCGGAAAAAAGCGAAAUCGGAGGUGGAAACAAGAUGGCUACAUCUACAAAAGGAGAUGCUAAAAUAACUUAAAAUAACUAAAAUAACAGGCGCUAAAAUAACUUUUGUAGAUGUAGCCAUCUUGUUUCCGCCUCCGAUUUUGCUUUUUUCCGACUUUGUAACUGAAACGCUGGUAACUCCGAUGCGACGUCAUUCCCAGCUAGGACAUCUGACUUCCGAGGUAACUCGAAUGCAGCAUUAAUAACAUGUUCUUGUUCUGACCUGCUGUCCUCUUGUCUUCAUCAGUGGAUGAUAACGGUGUUCCUCUGUCGAAGUGGGAGAAGAGAGAUAACACUCAUACGUUUUUUCCAGGUAACACAGGUCAAGACAAACUUUGAAUCAUGUCACACACACACUCACACACACAUGAUCCUGCUCAUAUGUUCAUUUCUCUCUUAGCUGAGACCGAGUCCAAGUGGGACAUGGUGUUGGAGGACAGAGAGGAUGAAGUGAACGUGAGGUAAGGCCUCGGUGCCUCUGUAUUAAACACACAUAUUUAAACGGUCAAAUGCAGUUGAGACACAUCAUGAGCCUCCUUUCUCCUCUAUUGGCAGCAUCGACUCACAGGAUGGCGAUAAGGACUCACACAGCGACGAUAGUGGCAGUUCAGCCAAAUAUGACAGUGAAGACUUCCAGAGCUCCCUCAGAAGUUUUCACAAAGGGAAAAGGCUGAGAGAGCUGGAGGCAAGUGCACAUUAAAAAAAAAAAGUUUAUGAUAUCUGCUUUUCUGUUCUCAGUGUGGCUGUCACUUUUAUUGUCGGCCAGGUUUCAACUCAUCCAGCAAUAUACGGCAUUUAAAUUAAGAAACUAGCUAUAACUCCUGCUUCAAAUGACAUCAGCAGCUUUACUAAUGUCCCUUUUUCUGCCGUCAAGUUGCUGUAACUUACUGUGAUGUGUCCCACUCAGGUAAAGUUCAUGAAGAUCCAAGAUGAGCUGGAGUCUGGCAAGAGGCCGAAGAAGUCUGGAAUGAGCGUACAGCCACAAGUACAGCACUACAGGGACAGACUGCUGCAGAAGGUGGGUUUACAGAACCAGUCCAGAUAAGUGCAGUCUUUGAUCAAGGGUUUUUGAAACUAAUCAUUUUUAUUACUUUGCACAGUUUUUCAAAAUAGUAUCUGACUAGUCUUGAUGAAAGUCUGUGUAGUUUGCAUUUAACAGUGAAAGUGAGACUCAGCACAAACAGAUGAUCAGGUGCUGUGUCAGCAGAUGUAUACAGACAUAUCUGGAGAGGAGCAUUUUGCUUUUCUUCUUAACUGAAAACAUGGUCAUUCUCAAUCUGGGAAUAGGACUUUAAGUAUUGCAGCAAACAGGAAAGACGUCUCUACUGGAAGCUUGUUAAAAUCUUCACUGUUGGCGACUUUAGGGUUCCUGGAAAGUUGAGCUUCAUUUUAGGGGCGUAUAUGUUGCCAGGAAAUACCUGAUAAGAUUCAGAGAUUGCCUUUGGAUGAAGAAUGGCUAUCAGGUCCUAAUGACUCUCAGCAGGUUGUGGUUGCGGGAUUUUUCUCAUCUUACACUUCUCGUUUCGAUCUCUGAAAGACCAUCUGUUUUUGACUUUCGAUUUGUUACGAUUCCUGGUACAAAGUUUACAGUAAACAGAAGCUCUGCAGUUUUUCACCUCUGUCAGCAUCAACUGUCAAUGAAAAUCCCCCACUUGUGAAUUUUAGUACCUUUCUGUGCCUACAAAGUUGGUUUCAAACAGUCCUGAAGCCCCCCCGUCCUGUAUGUUUUGGAUGUGUCCCUGCUCCAACACACCUGAUUCAAAUGAUCAGCUCGUUAUUAAGCCAUUCCAGAGCUUGAUAACGAGCUGAUCAUUUGAAUCAGGUGUGUUGGAGCAGGGAAACAUCCAAAACAUGCAGGACGGGGGGGCUCGAGGACUGGACUUGAGAAUGACUGCACUAGAGUAUGUUUAUGGCAUUAAAUCAGAAUUUUUAAAAAAGGGGGGCUCAAUUCAAGAAUUCAAGAACCAAAUCAGGUGUAAGUUUGUUUUUCUUACGUGCUGAAGACAGAAAUGUAGAGAACUUAAUUUUGGACAAUAUUUCUGCAGUAUUAUUCAGCAUUUGACUCUAAUAGAUCUCCAAAGAAAUACAGCCGUCUCAUGUGUAAUAGAAAUAUUUCUUUAAUCACAAACAGUAUGGGGCAAAAUAUACAAAAGUGCUUGUUAUUAGUACAUUAAAAUCAGACUAUUAAAUUAGUCAGUUGGCACAGUAGCAAACAGUAUAACUGAUGCAGAGCACUAAAAACCAGACACAGGAUUUUGUCCAGUGUGCACCACCUACAGGAAAGGAACAUCUAGCUACAGUUUUUUUAUUUUCAUUACUGUCUCUUCUGUGUCACUGACAGCUCCCCCUUGUGGAAAACCGACAGUCUGUUAAGUGUGGAUGGGAUGAUGUGGAAGUUGCAAGCCACCUCCAUGAGGUGAUGGGAUGUCCUAUCUUGUCUUUUACAGGAGUUUGAAAAGGAUGAAGGAAAGAAUGGGAGACUGAGAUCAAAAUCUAAAGACAGAUCCAAGGAUGACAGAAGACACGGAGAGAGGCGCCGGAGAAGUAAAGACAGGGGCAGGAGGCAGCGGAGUACAGAUCUUGCUGACCAGAUACGACAAUCGAGGAGCAUUUCUCCCUCCAAGUGAGUGACAGUGGGUUCAAUAUUGAUGCACUUGUUCUGAUUACUGUUAAAUUCAACCUGAUAUCAUUUAUGACCCUGUUCACAGGAAAAAGUCUGUCAAACAGUCCAAACGUUCCAGAUCACCGUCCCCAGACAGAAAGACGAGGAAGUCCAGGUCACGGUCACCACAUCGCUCCCGCAAGAAGACAAAAAGGAGCAAACAUUGACUCUGAGAUCUGGACUUUGUCCCCCCAUUAACUUGUGGUUUCCUCUUUGAACGGACCGACUCAUCUGUUCUCUUGGUCCCCCUGCUCACACCAUAAUCUCAAGAUUAAGCACUUUUUUAUAUGAAGUUUAAACACUGUUACAGAGACAUAUAUUUUUGUUUUUAUGUUUGUUUAUAAAAUGAAAACCUGCGGAAAUAUAACAAUAAAUAAACCACCCUCUGUCAUGAUUGUGUGUGUAGAUUGUUGGUAGGGCCAGGUAUCUGAAUAUUUGACAGCUUCUCCUCUGAGUUGUAGCCAUUGAUUGGAUUUUUCUCAGUUAAAAAAAGGUUUUUCACAGGUUCUGUCUAGUUUGUGCAAAUUUUUAUUGGGGAAAUUGAUAGUGCAUUAUUUGGUUUCUGUUUACAAAAGCGGUAAGUAUGCAAUGUUACACACUUAAUUUACAGUACUAUUUUGUAGUAUGAGAUGUGCUUUCAUUAAACCAAAAUUAUAUCAAAAGGAUUGAAGUGCCAGUUCUGAUUCUGAAAAACACUGAGGAUACCCAGCCCUGAUCAUUAGUAACCGUACACGGAUUUCCUGAACCAAAGACUGGCUGUCAUGUUCGAUAGAUUUUAGAGAAGAGCUUGAGAAGCUGAAUUUGGAAAAGCUUUCUACACGGAGGCACAGAUUGUGUGUGAAUAACAUUUCAAACCGCUUUGCUUCAAAAGAAAUAGUUACUUCUCUUAACACUAAAAGUUUUGACUUGUAUUAGGACGAUGUUGUUGAAAUGUCAUGAGUUACCUUAAUCUUUGAAAUGUGAGAGCAAAGAAACAUCUAACGUGACUGUACUGUUACAAAUAGCUCGUAGCUACGCUCAGUCCUGUAAAUCCGACAGUUAUUGUACACACACACAUACCGGAACAGAUUGAGUCUCUGCUCAAACCUCACACUUGGCAUAUCUGACUGCUUUUUUUUCUCCUUUAUGCCAAACUAUUCACAGUUGCUUGGUGUCAAAGAUAAAAAAUAGAAAUGUGACAGGGAUUCAAACCUUGUCAGUAUUUUUUUUUUUACAGUCUACUUUUUCCAACUCCUCCACACGGUCCCUGUUUCCCCAACGAAGCUACACUCAGCUUUCUCUCUGGAGCAAUAACCAUUAAGUAACAGAGUGACAUCAAAUGGCCCCUUCAUCUCUGGGACUGAUAUCCACCACACAGGCCUGAAUGUGAGGAGCUGUCAACCUCUGAAGUGCUCAGUACUUUUUAACAUUGAUGAAAACCUUGAUGGCUCCAGUGAAGUCAGCCGAGAGCAGAACCUCGGUGUGAUCUGUCUUCAGGGCUCCU